GUGUGUCUGAUCACACGGACCGAAAACUGGAGCAAUGUCUAGAGUUUACAUUGGAAGACUGAGCUACCGAGCAAGAGAGAAAGAUGUUGAAAAGUUCUUCAAAGGCUAUGGGAAGAUUCUGGAGGUCGACUUGAAAAACGGGUAUGGGUUUGUUGAGUUUGACGAUCCUCGCGAUGCGGAUGAUGCCGUGUACGAUCUCAAUGGGAAAGACCUAUGUGGAGAGAGAGUGAUUGUGGAACACACUAAGGGACCACGCCGUGAUGGAAGCUACGGCUCUGGCAGAAGCGGCUGGUAUGGACGUGGAGGAAGGGACAGGUAUGGCCCUCCGACACGUACGGAUUAUCGCUUGAUUGUGGAGAACCUGUCGAGUCGCUGCAGCUGGCAGGACCUGAAGGAUUACAUGCGGCAGGCCGGUGAAGUGACGUAUGCAGACACUAAUAAAGGACGGAGAAAUGAGGGAGUGAUCGAGUUCAGGUUGUACUCGGACAUGAAGCGAGCGCUAGAGAAGCUUGACGGGACCGAGGUAAAUGGCAGAAAGAUCCGACUGAUCGAAGACAGGCCCAGUUCCCGACGCCGGCGCUCCUAUUCUCGUAGUCGCAGCCGCUCCAGGUCUCGUUCCAGGAGCAGGAGGUCCCACAAGAGCCGUAGCCGCAGCGAGAGCAGCAGUCGCUCCCGGUCCCGCUCCAGGCCGGCCGCCUCACGGUCCCGCAGUCGCUCAGUCAAUAAGAAGAACAAGAACAAAAGCCGACGAGACGGGGAGGAACGGAGCAACGGAGCCCAUAAGAGCAAGGAGCCCAGGGGAGGCCGAGACGAAGCCAGGAGCCGCAGCAGGAGCCGGAGCCCUAAGAGCAAGAGGAGCAAACGUGAUGGCAAGAGGAGCCGCAAAGAGGAGUCUCGUUCCAGAUCCCGCUCCAGGUCUCGCUCCAGGUCAGGGAACAACAAGGAUCGCUCAAGGAAGUCCGGGUCAAAGAGCCGCGAUGUAGCCAAGUCCAGUGAAGGCGGUGCCGCGGAGACCACGUCUCGUUCCCGCUCCCGCUCUCGAUCUCGCUCCCGCUCCCGUUCCCGCUCUUGUUCACGCUCUCGCUCCCGGUCGCCCGCCACUGCCAAUCCUAGAGGAAAAUCCAAGUCAAAGUCCAAAUCUCCAUCAGCGUCCCCCACCAAAGCCAGGUCCCGAUCUCCUUCAGCAUCACGCUCCGAAUCCCGCUCAAAGUCACGUUCCCGCUCCCGUUCUCAUUCCCGCUCCCGCUCACGAUCCCGAUCCUGAACUGGAAUAUCACCCCCUGUCUCCCAGCUUUUGUCCCCAAGCCUUAUGCAUUCCUAUGUCUGUCUGCCCCCCCCCCCCUCCUCUCUCUCUCUCUCUCUCU